AUGAGUGAAAGGAGGAGAUCUGCAGUCGCCCUGAGCUCGCGAGCACAUGCCUUCUCCGUGGAAGCCCUGAUCGGCUCCAAUAAAAAACGAAAACUGCGAGACUGGGAGGAGAAGGGGCUGGACCUGUCCAUGGAGGCGCUGAGCCCCGCGGGCCCGCUCGGAGACGCGGAGGACGCGGCGGCGCACGGCCUGGAGCCUCACCCGGAUUCUGAGCAGAGCACUGGUUCAGACUCGGAGGUGCUGGCUGAGCGGACUUCCUGCUCCUUUGACACGCACGCUGACCUGGGCCCGGGUGCUGCAGGCCCUGUGCCUGCUGCCAUGGCCUCCAUGGAGGAGAUCCAGGUGGAGCUGCAGUGCGCUGACCUUUGGAAGCGGUUCCAUGACAUUGGGACUGAGAUGAUCAUCACCAAAGCGGGCAGGAGGAUGUUUCCUGCCAUGAGAGUGAAAAUCACUGGUCUGGAUCCACACCAGCAAUACUACAUAGCAAUGGACAUUGUGCCUGUGGACAAUAAGAGAUACAGAUACGUGUAUCAUAGCUCCAAGUGGAUGGUGGCUGGAAACGCUGACUCCCCUGUGCCACCAAGAGUUUAUAUACAUCCUGAUUCUCUAGCUUCCGGAGACACUUGGAUGAGACAGGUGGUCAGUUUCGACAAACUCAAGCUGACCAACAAUGAACUGGAUGAUCAAGGACAUAUCAUUCUGCACUCCAUGCACAAAUACCAGCCUCGAGUUCAUGUGAUUCGCAAGGAUUUCAGCAGCGACCUUUCACCCACCAAGCCUGUUCCUGUUGGGGACGGAGUGAAAACGUUCAACUUUCCUGAAACCGUGUUCACCACGGUCACAGCCUAUCAGAACCAGCAGAUCACCAGAUUAAAAAUUGACCGGAACCCUUUUGCUAAAGGAUUCAGAGAUUCUGGAAGAAACAGAACCGGACUGGAAGCCAUCAUGGAGACUUAUGCGUUCUGGAGACCCCCUGUGCGCACACUCACCUUUGAGGAUUUCACCACCAUGCAAAAACAGCAAGGGGGCAGCACAGGCACUUCCCCAACCACCUCCAGCACUGGCACACCAUCCCCUUCAGCUUCUUCUCAUAUUUUAUCUCCAUCCUGUUCUCCUCCAACUUUUCACCUGGCCCCCAACACUUUCAACGUGGGCUGCCGAGAGAGCCAGCUGUGCAAUCUGAACCUCUCCGAUUACCCACCCUGUGCCCGAAGCAACAUGGCUGCCUUGCAGAGCUACCCGGGGCUGAGUGACAGUGGCUACAAUAGGCUGCAGAGUGGCGCUGCUGCAGCCACUCAGCCCUCCGAAACCUUCAUGCCUCAGAGGACUCCAUCCCUGAUCUCAGGAAUACCAACUCCUCCCUCGCUGCCUAGCAACAGCAAGAUGGAAGCCUAUGGUGGCCAGCUGGGGUCCUUCCCCACUUCCCAGUUUCAGUAUGUCAUGCAGGCAGGCAAUGCAGCCUCCACCUCCUCCUCACCACACAUGUUCGGGGGUGGCCACAUGCAGCAGAGCUCCUACAAUGCCUUCUCUCUCCACAACCCUUACAAUCUGUACGGAUACAACUUCCCCGCUUCCCCGAGGCUGGCUGCCAGCCCAGAGAAACUGAGCGCCUCGCAAAGCACUUUACUCUGUUCUUCGCCUUCCAACGGGGCCUUCGGAGAGAGGCAGUACCUGCCCACGGGGAUGGAGCACAGCAUGCACAUGAUCAGCCCUUCGCCCAACAACCAGCAGGGGGCUAACCCCUGUGAUGGCCGGCAGUAUGGGGCGGUCCCAGGCUCCUCCUCCCAGAUGUCUGUACACAUGGUUUAA